AAUAGUAGCUAGUUUCAUUCCUUUUAAAAAGGUCAUUCUUCUCUUUCUCUUUCUUUCAUUCUCAAUGGAUAAUAAUCUCUGUAAUUCUCUAUCCAUCAUGUCUUCUUCCAUUGCUGAUGCAAUCAUGAACAAUCAACGCAACUUUCUUCACUGCCCACCUUCUUCUUCUUCUCCUCCUUUCUCUCAACAUCCCAAGUCCAUGGAAGAAGAAGAGCUAAGACAAACACUUGCUAUAGCUCAAAUGGAGCUCGAAGCCACAAGACAAAAAGCAGAUGAAGAACUCAGAAACAAAGACAAUCAAUUAACCCAUCUCAAAUUCCUUCUAUCUCAAGCCAAUCUAGAAAAACAAGAAUCAAGUAGGACUCUUCAUAGACUCCUCUCCGACAAAUUCAUCCUAAAACAAAAGAUUCACCAUUUACAGCACCAGAAUCAGAUUCAGAUUCACCAUGGAAUCUCCGACGAAUCUGGAAUUGGAUUGGACUACAUUGAAGACGAACAACCCAGAAGGAAAUUAGACUAUAACAGUAGUAACGCCAACAACAAUGGGUUCUCCGAUUCCGAUGAAAGUAUUGUUUCUUCUCCGGCAGAACAGGAUCCUAUGACCCGUUUAGUACUCGACCAACCAUUGCCGGAAAAGGGGAAGCUUUUACUGGCGGUUAUGAAAGCAGGUCCACUUUUACAGACCCUCAUGUUGGCUGGGCCUUUACCACAGUGGCGACAUCCGCCGCCGCCACUUGACUCAUAUCAAAUUCCGCCUCCGCCGGUGGUGAUUCCGGCGCCGGCAACGAAUGUUAACAAUAAUGAUGAACGGGUUAAGGUGAUGAGGAAAAGAGAGCUUUGUGGAGGAUCUGAUUUUGCUCAGAAUAAGCAUCCAAGAUUUGUUCUUUGACAUCAUGAUGAUGAUGAUUAAUUGAAAUUGAAAUCUAAUCUCUAGUACUUUUUUUAUUAUUAGUACUAAAUUUGCUAAUUAUAGUCUCAUUAAUGCCAAUUGU